UGACAGGAAGUGUGUGAGGCGGAAUCACUACUGAACAACUUCGUGUCUUUGGUCUUCAUCCAGACGAACAGCGGUCUUCGCGUUUCGACACACCUUGGGAAGAAAUGCGGACUUGAAUUAUGCGUUUUAAGACCGGUCAGAGGCAAAGAUGCAAUGGAGGUCGAUAGUAGUUGGUCUGGUGGUACUGAGACUUUCUGUUAGCUGUGUUUUGUGGCUAGCAUUCGGACUGGGACCAAGUGUUAGCUGGGGGUUUCACUUCCCCAUCAGUUUUAAUUUGCACAAAUUAGAUUUAUUGUUCAGGGAGGAACGGGGUUCCGAGCCGAAGAGUAACUCUUGGUCUCAACGAAUACAAGGACAGAAAUAUGAAGAGUCGACGACGAGCUGUUCUAAGAUUGGAGAGGAGUCCUCCAAAAGAUCCUACUUGAGCCUCUUCGAUGGCAACAAGGACGAGUACGUCCAGAAAUACAGCUCCUUCCCGGACACGCUGAAACUGAAAAUGAAAGGCAUGGCCAAAGAAAUGUUUUACUUUGGGUAUGAGAACUACAUGAAAUAUGCCUUCCCAGAGGACGAGCUGAAUCCCAUUGACUGUGAAGGGAGAGGUCCAGACGUCCUCAACCCGUCGAACAUCAACAUCAACGAUGUCUUGGGGAACUAUUCCCUUACACUCAUCGACACAUUGGACACUCUCCUGGUGCUCGGCAAUGUGACAGAAUUCCACAGAGCUGUCAAACUGGUUAUAGAGACGGUUUCGUUUGACAAGGACUCGACUGUGCAAGUCUUUGAGGCAAAUAUCAGAAUUUUGGGAAGUCUUAUUUCAGCCCACAUCCUCCUGACUGACCCAAAGCAUCCCUUUGGACAAGUGGGCUUUAAAGAUUAUGAUAAUGAGCUGCUGCACUUGGCUCACGAUCUGGCCGUCCGAUUGCUGCCGGCCUUUGAGAACACUAGCACGGGCAUUCCUUACCCCAGGGUGAACCUGAAGACUGGAGUUCCUGAAGACGGCAUCAACGAGACUUGCACUGCAGGAGCUGGGUCCCUCCUUGUGGAAUUUGGCAUUCUGAGCCGCUUGAUUGGAGAUUCGACAUUUGAAUGGGUGGCGAGACGGGCGGUGAGAGCUCUGUGGAGCCUGAGGAGCAACGAAACUGGUCUGCUGGGGAAUGUUGUUAAUAUCCAAACAGGCCAGUGGGUCGGGAAGCAGAGUGGUCUCGGAGCCGGUAUGGACUCAUUCUAUGAGUAUUUACUAAAGUCGUACAUCCUUUUUGGUGAAAAGGAGGACUACCGGAUGUUUAAGGCUGCUUAUGAGAGCAUACAGAACCACCUGAGGCGGGGGCGAGAGUCUUGCAACGAAGGAGAGGGAGACCCGCCCCUCUACGUUAAUGUGAACAUGUUUAGUGGUGAGAUAAUGAACACUUGGAUCGACUCUCUUCAGGCCUUCUUCCCUGGGCUGCAGGUGCUGAACGGGGAUAUCGAUGACGCUAUUUGCCUACACGCCUUCUACUAUGCCAUCUGGAAACGCUUUGGAGCUCUGCCAGAAAGAUAUAACUGGCAGCUGCAGGCUCCUGAUGUGCUUUUCUACCCUUUAAGACCAGAACUGGUGGAGUCAACUUACCUGCUGUACCAGGCAACCAAAAACCCGUUCUAUUUGCACGUUGGGAUGGAUAUUCUCCAGAGCCUUGAGAGAAAUGCCAAAGUCAGAUGCGGCUACGCCACUCUCCACCACGUCGUGGACAAAUCCAAAGAGGAUCGCAUGGAGAGCUUUUUCCUCAGUGAGACCUGCAAAUACCUUUACUUGCUGUUCGACGAGGACAACCCACUUCACAAGUCUGAUCACAAGUACAUCUUCACCACCGAGGGCCAUGUUGUGCCUAUAGACAAGCGCUUCAGGGAGAAACAGUGGGACGACUUGUUUCCUUGUGAUGAUGUAGUGUUGGCAGAAACUGAUGUGAGCAACCAGCAACCUCCAGGCAACAUCAGUCACUGUAACCGUUUCCCACAGGAGCGCAGGUAUGCCCUGCCAUUAAAGAGCGUCUACAUGAGACAGAUCGAUCACAUGGUCGGACUUUUUUGAAAACGUGGACGGAUGUAGUGACGUUUGGUUCGAAAAGACAUUCAGCGCAGUGAUCUUAGAGGUCAUUGUCUCGUCGGCUUUGGAUCCAGACUGGAAGCGGACCGCAACACAAUCCUGAGAAAACAGUUUUAAUACUUACUGUAUUAAGAUAAACACUUGAGCCUAAAUUCAACAAAAAGGACGACUCUUCUGUUGGAAAUUGAUGAGGCGCCUUUCAUUUACCUUUAGUUUGGUGACGAGUUGAAGUUAAGUGGUUUUAGACUGACUCACUAAUAUGUGUGGUGAUGCAUGAAUGGUUGAAUGUGUGUGUGAGUUGGAAGUUACAGCUGAGCUGUAAAUUCUGACAGUUAUUCUCGGUUUAAGGUGUCAUCUGUCUUCUUAUAGCCUAUGGGAACACUCGCUCUAAAGGAAAACAAUCCCUAAAUACGAUGAUCAGUGCCUUUUUGCAGUCGAUUCACGCGACUUGAUCAGUGCUUCUUAUCAAGGGCUGCAAAAAAAAAACAACACACAAGUAACAAGAGUAGAUUUAUACAUAUAAAGUAAAAUUCUGUUUUUUAUGGUGCCUGUGGAAGACAUCCUAUGGUUUGCAUUAAUAGAAACAGCUGCUGCAUUUUUUUACUCAUUGUCCCACAUAAACAGCUUUGAGGAUGUUGCAAGAAUUUGCUUUCUCGCAUUAAUUAAUUUAAAAUAAAAAAAAGUUACUUUCUUCCGUGUAAUAACAAAAAAUAUUAGGUUGAACUUCAUCCUGCAUGCUCACAAAACCAAGUGUUGACUCCUCAAGCCUCUGAAAACUCGAUGUCUUACAAAGAGGACAAAGAUGUGCCAUGACCUCACGAGAGUGACGUUCAGGUUUAAUCUUUAAGUGCCUUCUGUUAACGUUGUCAAACAUGUUUGGUGUUACAAAAUGAUUUGAUUCCAUAUUUUGUUCAGUUUUGCGUUACUAUCACGUAACAAAAGUUUUUUAGACAUGUAAACUAAGCCAUAUUUUAAAAUCCUUAAUAACAGACAAUAACUGUUGUAUUCUUUCUGCAUUGUUGCUGUUUGUUUUAAGUGCACAUCAAACCUAAUUAUUAUCACAGAGAAGGAACUCAGGGUUUAAUAGAAAAACAAAAGUCAAUGAAUGCUUUAAGAAAUAAAUGUUUUUGAAAUGUUGUCUGUAUGUUUUAGAAUAUCCGUCAGUAUUUAUGCUGCCAGAGGGGUCACAGCACUGACAUACAGCUGCAUGGUUAACAUCCAAUAUUAUUUUACAUGGUUUUACGAAGUUUGUAAACAUUGUAAAUAGAAAUUAAAGUGAUGAUUCAAAUCUAUUAAAGUGGGUAAAUGCAAUGAGCAA